ACGGCGGGACCCAAGUCCUCCGGCCGCGCGGCGCCGGGUUCGGCGGCGCCCUGGGCGCGCUUCUCCGCCUGGCUGGAGUGCGUGUGCGUGGUCACCUUCGACCUGGAGCUGGGCCAGGCGCUGGAGCUGGUGUACCCGAGUGACUUCCGGCUGACAGACAAGGAGAAAAGCAGCAUCUGCUACCUGGCGUUUCCUGACUCCCACUCAGGCUGCCUCGGGGACACUCAGUUCAGUUUCCGCAUGCGUCAGUGUGGAGGGCACAGGAGCCCCUGGCAUGCGGAUGACCAGCCCUACAACAGCAAGGCCCCCAUGGCGCUGCAGAAGGAGCCAGCACACUACCUUGGCUACGUGUACUUCCGGCAAGUGAAGGACAGCUCCGUGAAGAGGGGCUACUUCCAGAAGUCACUGGUGCUGCUGUCCCGCCUCCCCUUUAUCCGGCUGUUCCAGUCGCUGCUGAGCCUCAUGGCCCCAGAGUAUUUUGACAAGCUGGCACCCUGUCUGGAAGCUGUUUGUAAUGAGAUUGACCAGUGGCCAGCCCCCACGCCUGGGCAGACGCUGAACCUACCUGUCAUGGGUGUUGUCAUCCAGGUGUGCAUCCCAUCCAGGGUGGACAAGCCAGAAUCCAGUCCUCCAAGGCAGUGUGACCAAGAGAACCUGCUGCCAGCCCCUGUGGUCCUUGCCAGUGUCCAUGAACUGGACCUCUUCAGGUGUUUCCGGCCUGUGCUGACCCAUGUGCAGACACUGUGGGAACUUGUGCUCCUUGGGGAGCCCCUGGUGGUCCUGGCACCCUCACCCGAUGUGUCCUCAGAGAUGGUGCUGGCCCUGACCAGCUGCCUGCAGCCUCUUAAGUUCUGCUGUGAUUUCCGCCCGUACUUCACCAUCCAUGAUAGUGAAUUUAAGGAGCUUACCACGCGCACCCAGGCCCCACCCAACGUGGUCCUGGGAGUCACAAACCCUUUCUUUAUCAAAACACUCCAGCACUGGCCCCAUAUCCUCCGAAUUGGGGAGCCCAAGAUGUCAGGGGACCUUCCUAAGCAGAUCAAAUUGAAGAAGCCCUCGAGGUUGAAGACCCUUGAUACCAAGCCAGGCCUCUACACCUCCUACACAGCCCACCUCCACCGGGACAAGGCGCUACUCAAAAGGCUACUCAAGGGUGUGCAGAAGCAGCGGCCGUGGGAUGUGCAGAGUGCUCUGCUGAGACGGCACCUCUUGGAGCUCACACAGAGCUUCAUCAUCCCCCUGGAGCACUACAUGGCCAGCCUCAUGCCACUGCAGAAGAGCAUCACGCCCUGGAAGACCCCUCCCCAGAUCCGCCCCUUCCGCCAGGAGGACUUCCUGCGCAGCCUGGAGCAUGCAGGGCCCCAGCUCACCUGCAUCCUCAAGGGCGACUGGCUGGGCCUCUACAGGCGGUUUUUCAAGUCACCCCACUUCGAUGGCUGGUACCGGCAGCGGCACAAAGAGAUGGCCCAGAAGCUGGAGGCCCUUCACCUGGAGGCGAUCUGUGAGGCGAACAUUGAGACCUGGAUGAAGGAUAAGUCAGAGGUGGAGGUGGUGGACCUGGUCCUGAAACUCCGGGAAAAGCUGGUGCGGGCACAGGGCCACCAGCUCCCUGUGAAGGAGGUGACACUGCAGCGAGCACAGCUGUACAUCGAGAUGGUCAUCGGCUCCCUGCCCAAGGACCUGCAGGCUGUCCUGUGCCCUCCCUAGGACGGGCCAAGGUGUGCGGUCCCCGGGCCUGGCCUGCCAAGCCUCCCCCUGUGGGGCCCUCAGCCUAGUGCCCACUCCCGGCUUGGCGCCCUGCCUGGCUGUGGCCCCCUCCUUGUGUUGCCUUUGUCCCAGUAGUAAAUAUGACAUUUGGAACCACAGUCUGGUCCCUGACUGUGGGGGAUUAUGUGCUAGCAGAGCUCCCCCUCCAGCCCCACCUGCCUCCAUGGCUGCAGAGGGCAAGUAGGGGGUUGGAGGGGCGAGAGUCCUGGCUGAUUUGGGCACAUCUACCGCCCACCCUCCGAUUGCCCAUCUGCCCGCACCCCACGUGGUGCUUGAUGUGUCCUUCAGCCCAGCAGGCUGCUAGGACGGAGGGAGGCAGCUGGCAGGGCCCCUUGCCACCUGCCCAUCUUGCCCUGUGGAGACAGGAGGGGCACCUUGCCCACUUCAACCAUUGUAGAAGGAGAGGCCACUCUGCUGUACACCCCUGCCUGCCUGGGCUGUUGAGGGGAGAGCAGGAGUGGUGUGGAGGCCCUGCUGGGACAGCAGAUUCAGCCUGGCCCUCGGGAUCCACAGCAUGGUCCUGGCAUCUCUCCUGGAACCCCACGCACCCUACUCCUACCUACAGGGCCUGAGGGCUCUAUAAUUGGCCUGACUCUGCUGCCCAGCUCCUGUAACCCUGGUGCAACUGACCCCCUUGGCAGGCACCUGAGCUGCCACCUCUGGGUCCUAUAGUCAGGACUGGGCCCAGCGGGGUAGUGCUGUCACCUCAGGUAGUACAGUGGCCAAGGACGGUGACCCCGGCAGGGCUGUAGAAGGUGUGCACUCAGGGGUGGACCAGAGCUGCUGCUGAAGCCCAGAUGAGCAUCACUAGCUGGAGUUGCUGAGUGGGUCUCCUGACCUUGCAGACCCUUGGGCUCCUUGUCUAGGUGCCUGGGAGGCUACUGCUGGGCUGUGUGCAGCUGGCUCUGUGCCCUGUGGUGCCUGAAGGGGGCGCUGGUGGAGGAAUUUUGGCUAACUGUACAUUAGUUAGGCAAGGGUAGACUGGGUCCCACACAGCAGGUGCCGACGGCUGUUCACUCUGUCAGCUCCUUCUCAAAACUUGGUGUAUGUCGAUGUAUCCACCCUGACCACGGUCCAGGACAGCCUGGCACAGAUGCGGAACACAUGGUGCCAAAGAGGGGAGGUGGACAAGUCAGUCCAGUGCAGCCCCCUGGACAUGGCUGCCAUUACACAGGAAGGUAGAGGGGGUCGUGGAGACCCAGAGUGAGAAAGGUGGCACAGCACACGGCAGCAUCAGGCACAGAGGUGCCAGCCUCCCCACCGAGGGCCUGGUUUCCAUGUGGCAGUGGUGUGGCAGUGUUGGCAGCUUCCUGGGUAACAGGAUGGUUGCAGGGCACAGGAGAGGCCCUGGCAGGGCCCCCAUCAGAACAAUGGCUUGGUAUGCGCAGCCUGAGGUGGCAGUGCUGGAUCUGACCCCCUGGCCCCAAUUUGAGGGUCAGGAUUGUGACCCCCACCUUGCGGGAUACGCCCCCAAUGUCCCUGCACCACGUGCUUCCCAUGCCUGAGGGCGGCCUUGCUUGGCCGGAAACCUCAGCCACCAUCACCCCAGGAGCAUCCAACCAGAUCUCCUGGGCCUCUAGAUUCUGGUGGUCAGUGCUCCUUGAGACCACUGUGAAGGGCUUGUCAGGAGGACACCUGGGGAUCACCCAAGACAUAGUCCAUGCUGAGGCACAUAGGACUAGCAGGAGCAGGAGUGCUGUGCUCCUGGUCACUGGGUAGAGUUGAGCCGGGGCCCCCUCCUGGACCUCUGGAUCAGGUCAGAAGGAAGGUAGCCCGGCCUGUUUCAGAGAGAGUCUUGGUGCUGCCCCCUCCUCCCCUGGGGCCAAGGGCACAAGGUGGGGAUAUGAAGAGCAAGAUAACUCCAGAGAGGCAAGACACCCACAGAGGCUCCCUUGGGUCCUGGGUGACAGAAACGAGUUGGUCCACACCAGUGAGGGGCUGUUGUGGUUAAUGAGGCCCCCAGGGUUAGGCAGAGGCUGGGUCAGGCUGUGAGCCGGGAGGGACAGCGCUUCACCAGUCUAUUUCAGGGUGCCCUCAGAGUGAGAUCGCGGCUUCCCACGUGUUUGGUAUUAAAAUAUCCUUUUGUGACAAAA